UGACUCGGAAGUUGCGCGUUUCCUAACCAAAACAAAUUUUUUUUUUUUACUCGGUUUGGUGGUUUUUAAUUUGCCAACUAUAGCUCCCAUCAUCCGCGGCCGCUUACUAUCUAUCUCCUUUGUUUAUUCCGGCUUGAUCCUUCUGCCCCGUUUAAUAAGGAUUGUGCGCGAUCUCCUUUCUGAUUGGCCAAUACGCCUUUCUGUUUUAACAACCUCCUUUUAUCGCCUUUCUGAUUGGCCAAUACGCCUUUCUGUUUUAACAACCUCCUUUUAAAGCUGCGCGUCAUUCAUUGGCUUGUUUCUUACGUAAAUUCCGCCCCUUUCUCGGUCAUUUUUAAAUGGUGCUUUUUUUUUUUUUGACUAUAAUCUCCCGAGCCUCUCAAAAUGGCCGGUUUUUAUCUCCCGAGUUAGCCUUCUUCUUCGUCCUGAUUGGCUAAACGUGUGGGGGCGGGGAGUCUUCAAAACAAAACAAAAAAUCGGGCCAAUCCGUAACUUCCGCCAGGGGUCCAAAUCCCACCCGCUCUGACGAAUCGGCUUUCGAGGAAGGAGCCCCUCCCUUUCGUAGAGGGAGGAUUGUCCAAUGGAGCCUCAACAAAAAAAGAGCCGGCCAAUAGAAAGCCGGAGGCUCGACGAAGGGCGGCGCUGUCUUUCAAACCAAUGAAACGGCGCGUUGGGUGACGUCUUGCUUUGCGGCAGCCAAUAGGAUUCCGGGAGGGAUAUUUGAAAAAACAAGAAAGCCUGGCUGGUCUCGGGCUGCCUCCGGCAGCGGUUCUCUUGGCUCCGGGAAAUCGUCUUUAGUGUUGGCAUCCGAUCUCUGUGAAGAGUUACCCUCAACCUCUGGAUACUGAAGCUGGCUUCAUCGCGAACGCAUUUUCUGAUUUUGCGCUGGAGAUUCCUCCCGAGUAUUUAAUAUCUUCUCCCUCUGACCCGUCCUUGAACGAAGGGAAACGUUGCAUCGUCGGCACCCAGGAUGUCAAACAAGGAAAAUAUUAGCAGCAUCUACAGUAACCUUUACUCUUAUCGCCCCAGCAGCCAAGCACCCGGGCCUCAACGCGUCCCAUACAAGAAUACCACCACGCCAUCCACGACGCCUUCUGGCUCAAUCCUGGCCCAGAGAGCUCUCACCAGCAGCACCAAACACACCAUGAAAACGGUGUCCGGCGUCCAGAAUCCAGGUAUCGCAGGGAGGGUGCCUCUCGAACCCGCUUCCGUCGUACCAGCCUUGCAGGACUGCCCAGAGCCAUGUCGGAUCUUCACCAUCGACGAUUUUGAGAUCGGGAGGCCGCUGGGCAAAGGGAAAUUCGGCAACGUUUACCUGGCCCGGGAGAAGACCUCCAAGUUCAUUGUGGCGCUGAAGGUGCUCUUCAAAUCCCAGAUGGAGAAGGAAGGGGUGGAGCACCAGCUGCGGAGGGAGAUCGAGAUCCAGUGUCAUCUCAGUCACCCCAACAUUCUGCGCCUCUACAACUAUUUCCACGACAAGAAGCGAGUCUACCUGAUCCUGGAAUACGCCCCUCGGGGGGAGCUCUUCAAGGAGCUGCAGAAAUACCAGCGCUUCGAUGAGCAAAGAACGGCCACGUUCAUGGAAGAGUUGGCCGAUGCCCUCCUGUACUGUCACAAUAAGAAGGUGAUCCACCGGGACAUCAAACCCGAGAACCUGCUGAUGGGGUUGAAGGGGGAGCUGAAGAUUGCUGACUUCGGCUGGUCGGUGCAUGCCCCCUCGCUCAGGAGGAAGACCAUGUGCGGCACUCUGGAUUACCUGCCCCCCGAGAUGAUCGAAGGCAAAGCCCACAACGAGAAAGUGGAUCUCUGGUGCAUCGGGAUCCUGUGCUACGAGUUCCUGGUGGGGAACCCGCCCUUCGAGAGUGAAUGCCACUCGGAGACGUAUCGACGGAUCGUGUCGGUAGAUCUCCGGUUCCCCCCCUUUGUGACCGAAGGCGCCCGGGAUUUGAUUGCGAAGCUGCUGCGUCACAACCCAUCCGAGCGUAUCCCGCUGCAAGCUGUGAUGGAGCACCCUUGGGUGAAAGCCCAUUCCAAGCGGGUGCUACCCCCAGUUUUCAACCCCGUGUCCCCGAACUAACUUUGCCAGGAGGGACUUGGAUGCCCAGCUGUACGACAUCCCCAAUGGAUGGGGCUGCUAAGUGUUUUUUUGGGGGGUGAGAGAGCGUUAUCGCAGGGUUUGGGGGAAGGACGACUUUUUCUGGAUUGGAAACAUCCUUGCACCCCAAGAUUUGUACUUGAAGAGCUGAUACAGACACGGAUCUCAUUUUGGAGAGCUUGGGAAAUGACGAGUAUGGCCGCCUUCAACUGGACGGGCAGCUGUUCCUGGACAUAGGAAUCCUCCUUUGAUGUUUUGACCUUGGCUGAUCAUCUCUUUUGGGAUCAUCCCAGAUCUGCCACUUGUGCAGCUUCUUGCAAAUCUUGAUCCUUGGGUCUCUCUCUUUUUUUAAAAAAAGGAAUAAGCCAACUAUUUCCCAAAACGGUAUGCCCAAUCUUUGUGUAUAUAUAUUUUUAGGGAACUGUUGUAAGUUUAAUAAAAUUUUUCUUUCAGA